AGGACUUUGCAUUGGCAAAAAUUUUAUUGCCAUCGCUACCGAUCUUCGAUUUUUGCGUAUUUUCACUUCUGGCGGCACGCAACGUUUUGUUUUUUCGAUUCCAGGUUUCAUCACAUAUUCUUCCAUAUUUUUUUUUAUUUAGGACAUUUUCAUACGAUUUGUGCACACGAAAACAAGUUAGCAGUUGCUUACGUUACCGGUGCCGUACUUGUCAUUACAGAUGAUGAUUAUGAACAUCAGCUUGCAGUUAAUGUAUACGAAGUUAAUUCACUAUUUGGGGAAUGUGCACCUUCUCUAGAAUAUACUAUACCUUUGGCUAUGUCGCUUUACUCGAAACUUCAAUGGCUUAAUUUUACAAAUUUUGGCAAUUUAGUUUCGAUGGAUGAUGAAUGCAACAUUCGAAUUUAUUUAAAAGCCAAAGGAGUUUGGUUUCCUGUACUUUUGGGAAUGGAUCUGUUGAAAAAUCCAGACGAUGAUUAUAUUUGGCCAAUUGCUUUAUGUGAACUUCCAAAUGCUUAUUUUCGUUAUUUUUAUUGUCGCAACUCCAAAUAUCCACCAGUGAACAAAUCAUCUUUGCCAACAAAUACAACUCCUCUUAAAAUUCCAGUUAUUAAUCCGACUUCAGAAAAAGGAAAAUUGGAGGCAGAAUUGAUGACUAUCGAGUUGCAACGAUUUAUUCAUCAACAAAGUGAUUUAAUUAGACCAGAACAUUUGGUAGAAGCAGAGCAAUUAACAAAUAAUUAUAUUGCAAAUUUAAUGAAAUUAUUUUCUGUUUCUUGCAAGAUGAAUAGAGAGAAUCGAGCAGUGGAAAUUGCUCAUAGAUCUAUUAAUUCAAAAAUUGUUCAAGGUCUAUGCAACUACGCAGCUAAAAUCCAAAGACCUGUUUUGAGUGAAAAGGUAGCAGCAAUUGGACGUGAACGUCUUCAAGCAAUUGAAAAUGAAAAAAAUAAAGAAGAUGAGAGGGCAAAAUUUAAAAGAAAAAUUCAUCCGUCGCUUCCCUCAUCUUCAUCCAUUAUCAAUGAAAUUCGAUCGCCUAUAAUUGCACCUUCUAAAAUUCUUGUGGCUAAAAGAAAAACUCCGUCUUCGCUUUUUACAAGUACUACAAGUAAUUCUCCAGUUGAUUCUGGGAAGAAUAUUAGCAAAAUGCGAAUAAUUGAUGAAAAUGUUGAGCCAAUAGAAAAUGCGGACGAUGGCUUUACAGUUAUUGGAACAAAUGAAAAAGAACAUAAUUACCAAAUUAUUGAAAAUUCAAGUAUUCCCAGUGAUGGAGAAGACGAUGAACAAGGAGAGUUAAAUACAAGCAUUGCUAGUUCUGCACUUGGAUCUGCAUUACUUUCAGAUUCAUUUCUUCUCGAUAGCAAGAGCAAAGAAAACACCUUCAAAAAAUAUUGGUUCAACUACAACAAACAGUCGUGGUUUUGUGGAAAAACCGAAAGAUCGAGUUGAUGCAAUUCCGGACUUUUUUGACUCACUUUUGCCACCAAAA